UGUAUACAUUUCCGGUGACGUCAAAUUGUUGUCUACCACAAAAUGUCAGACGAUAAGGUCACUAAAAAAUCGAAGUGGAGCGAAGGGGAGGUUAUUUUGUUGGUGGAGGAGGUUACCGGGAAUGAGAAAUUGGGGAGAAAGUUUAGCCCGGACAACACAGCAGUUGAUAGGACCAGGUUUUGGUCUGAAACUACUAAAAAAAUCAAUGCUGUUGGAGGAAAGGAGAGGAAUGUAAAGCAGGUAGAGAAGAAAUGGAGAGAUCUUAAGAGCCAAACAAAAUCAAGGGAAGUGAAGAGGCGGACAGAGGCCAAGAAGACAGGUGGGGGAGUAAGCGAAGCGCCAUGUCUGUCAUCUUUGGAAGAGAAGAUACUUGGUACUCUACCAUCUUGUUCUUUGGAUGGAAUUCCUGGUGGGAAAGAUUCGAGUCUUGAUUCCAGUAUGCAUGAUGACAGUAAUUCCGAGACAAAUUUGAAUGAGAUUUUACAGACAAGAUCAGAUGGAGAAAGAAUGUUCCACCAAAAGGUACAGGAAACUAUUUCAGUGAAAGCUGCUGAAAAAGCUAAAGAUUCAUCACGUCAACCUGAUUUAGCAUUUUCGAAGAGUACGGCUACAGUAACUGGGAAAGUUUACAGAAGAGAGCAAUAA